AUUUCUUAUGAUCCGCAAGCUACAUUGAUAACCAGCUAGUUAUCCUGUUAUAAGUCAUCGAAAUAGUUUUUAUCAAGACACAAAAGAAUUUCAUCAUAAUUCGUCCAUGGCGGUGUAUUUCAUUUGAUGCGUUGCUCAAUAUCAUCCUAACUACUUCAUGCCCUAAUGACUUUAUUACAUCGCUGACGUGGGUGCGAAUAAUGCUAACCCUCACUAGCGGAUGUCAAUUGUGUCGCACCUGAUGAGUGAUUGCAGCUUCUAUGGCUGCGCUCCAAAAGCAACAGGAGGUGUAAGUGGUGGGCAAAGUUCACCUAGGCUGGCCUCUGUGUCUUAAAUUACUGUUUACGUCUACCUAGAGCAUAUAUUCCGCAUAAAAAGACUCUUACGUAAAUCUUUAUUUCUUCCAUCCAUACCUAAACAGUUUUAUCCUUCAAAUGUUUUCUUGAGCUCCAUGCGGAGGGUGCAAUAUGGAUUCCCCUCCCUGUCUGACAGGUGGUUGAGCCCGGAACUUUUGGGUGGCGUUAUUUACCUUCAUGGGGCUGAGGUGAACAGAUGUUUUCAAUACGCAAGUCCACGCCGCUCUUGCAUCACGAGUAUUUGCUCUCCAUAAAAACUCCGGAUACUUUAUAAAAUCGAAUUGGUCCACCUGACGAUAUCUUAGCGCGGUUUUAGUGCAGGCCAAUUGUUAUAUACGCUCUACAGCAGCUAGCACCAUGGGGAAGAAAGCUGACAGUUUUGAUGUACAGUCCGCGCCGUCAGCAGACGUCUCAGAGCCUGGGAAGGAUCCGGCGGACAACAACCCGGGCUCAGGGGUUCGCCUGAAGAGAAAGAUUACGCUCUUUAACGGGGUAGCGAUCAUAGUCGGGAUCAUCAUCGGGUCUGGGAUCUUCAUCUCGCCGAAGGGAGUGCUCCAGCAGACGGGGUCGGUGGGCCUGUCCCUGGUGGUGUGGGCGCUGUGCGGCGUCCUGUCCACUCUCGGCGCCCUCUGUUACGCCGAGUUGGGGACCACCAUUCCCAAGUCGGGAGGCGACUACGUGUACAUACUGGAGAUAUUUGGACCGCUGGCGGCCUUCCUGAGACUGUGGGUGGAGCUGAUAGUGGUCCGUCCGACGUCGCACGCAGUUACGGCCAUCACGUUCGCUACGUACGUCCUGUACCCGUUCUUUGCGCCAUGCCCCGCACCCGACCUCACCAUACGGCUACUGGCGGCUGCCGCCCUCGUUUCAGUAGCACUGAUCAACAGUUACGGAGUCCGCUGGGCCACCCGUCUGCAGGACUUCCUCACACUGUGGAAGGUGGUGGCUCUGGUUGUCAUCAUCAUCUUCGGCAUCAUUCAGAUGGCCAGAGGAAGCACCCGGUACAUCGAGCCUGUGAGUGCCUUCAGCGGGACGACCUCCUCCCCUAGUGCCGUGGCCCUGGCCUUCUUCUCCGGCCUGUGGGCGUACGGCGGCUGGACGGAUUUGAACAUGGUUGUUGAGGAGCUGAAAGACCCGUUCAGGAACCUCCCCUGGGCCAUCGCCAUCUCCCUCCCGCUGGUGACGUCAAUCUACAUCCUGGCUAACGUGGCCUACUUCACCGCCAUGUCACCUACGGAGCUCCUCAGCUCGGACGCCGUGGCUAUCACCUUUGGUGACCGGCUGUUGGGCGUGAUGAACUGGCUCAUCCCUCUAUCUGUGGCGCUGUCAACGUUUGGAGGGCUUAACGGUGGCGUGCUUACGUCAUCACGAUUGUUUUUCGUCGGUGCGCGGACCGGACACCUUCCUGAGAUCAUGUCGAUGGUUCACGUCCACAGACUCAUGCCCGUACCUGCUAUUGUUGUGGAGACGGCCCUGAUGUUGGUAAUGCUGAGCACAUCGGAUGUGUACACCCUGCUAAACUACAUGGGGUUCGUGUACUGGUUAUGUAUCGGGGUGGCUUGUGUGGGUCUUCUGUGGCUGAGAUACAAGCAGCCGGACUUACCCAGACCAAUCAAGAUCACACCCGUCAUCCCAGUGAUCUGUACCUUGUUAUGUAUCUUCGUUGUGGUGAUGUCUGCCAUCUCUGCGCCGAUAGAGGGCGCUAUUGGACUGGCCAUACUGCUGAGUGGCGUGCCGGUGUAUUUCCUCUUCGUGUAUUGGGUCAACAAGCCCAAAGCGUUCCGCAGUUUCAUAGAUUUUAUCACCACAAGGCUGCAGCUUCUGAUGAACGUUGUGCCAACAGACGACCAACACUCGGACUGAGGGUGGGGAGGGGGGCGACAUUGUAUGAGAGAAAUUUAUGAGACGUAACGUUACAGUUACAUAACGUUAGUUCACCUUUAUCCGCGGAGUGACCU